UUUAUCAACUGCUACAUAGGUUAUACAUUCAACAUAGUUCUCUACAAAUCGCGAUCGUGUUUCGCAUCUAUUCCCAGUUACGUUUUAUCAUUUUCAUUUUACAGCCUCGUUAUCAAGCCUUAGUGGGUGGUUGUGAGCCGUUACAGAGCUUUUUGCAUAAACGCUUAGCAGAGAACUUGAACAGUGAAGCGGCGCUAGGUACUGUGGGCGAUGUCGCCCAGUGCGUGCAAUGGCUGCGCUCUACCUUUCUCUACAUACGCGCCGCUCGUGAUCCCAAAAAGUAUCUAGGAUUACCGCAAAAUUCACCGCAACAUCUUAUCUCUAAGAAAAUUGAGGAACUGUGUGUGAAGGCAAUGAACGGUUUAGCUUCUUCGGGACUUAUAACUAUGGAUGAAGCAAGUUGUAUUGAAUCGACUGAAGCCGGUCGCCUCAUGUCCAUUUUUUAUUUGGAUUUGGAAACUAUGAAAAAUAUUAUGAAGAUUGAAGGUUCAGAAUCGUUAGAACGUCUUCUUUAUAUUAUAUGCGAGAGCCAUGAGUUAGCGGACAUGCAUCUACGAGUCGACGAGCGUCGAUGUCUGAACACUCUGAAUAGGAACAACGCCGCGACAACCAUACGAUUCCCUAUGAAGGGCAAGAUCAGUACGCGACAAAUGAAACUUAAUUGUGUAAUACAAGCUGUACUCGGCUGCCUGCCAAUCCCCGAUCCGUCUCUCAAUCAAGAGGCUAUGAAGAUUAUGAGGAUUGCUGAUAGAGUUUGUAAAUGUUUAGUAACGUAUGUCACUCGAGCAAACCCAAAUACUAUUCAACCUCCAUUUUACUCAGCCGUACUAAAUUCCAUAAUCUUAGCAAAGUGUGUAUCAGCACAUCUAUGGGAGAAUUCUCCAUUCGUCAGUAAGCAGUUGAAGGGGAUUGGCCCAACUUUCAGUACGUUGCUCGCGUCUGCUGGUAAAGUCAACUUCAUGUUACUUGAGGAGAGCCAUCCGAGGGAUUUGGAAAGGAUAAUGAACAAAGGUGCUCCAGCCGGUAAUAUCCUCCGCAAACAGAUAAGUUUGCUUCCAAAAUAUCAGGUGACGAUGACGCCAAUAGACGACAAAAUUGUCAACAUAAAACUAGUGUUACUAAACCAAGCUUUUCUAUCAGAAAACAUGGAUAAUUUGACAGCUGGAGAUGGGCACAAAUUUUACGUUGUUGUUGGAGAUUCUAGCAAUCACCUAUUAUUACUCGCUUCAUACAAAGAUAGAGACCUCAUAAGUGUCUUUAAUGGCACUAUAACUCACGAAGUGAGACGAAAACAUAAUUUCGAACACAAAAUAUUUGUCCAUUGUAUCAGUUCCAGUUUCGUCGGAAUCGAUGUACAGUCAGAAUACUUAUUCAAAGAUUUAGAACAGCAAGCUAUGCCUUGGCCCGAAACACCUAAAUUCGGUGCACCGGUGAAGAAAAAUACUGCGAGGCAAACAUGCAUAACUGAUACGUUUAAGGAACGCAAAAGAAAAAACGUCGAGCCUAUAGAUAAAACACAGUCAAAAGAAAAAAGAAAACGCGACACUGCCAUAAUAGAAAAUUUCAAAAGCUUAAAAGAUUCUUUUUUAACUGCAUCCAAAAAUAUAAAAAGAAACCUGCAUUUAUCCAAUCAACAUGAUAAAGUGUUAACCAAUAAUGUAACAGAUAUAAGUAAGGCAUCUUAUAAUAUUGAUGCAAUAAACAAUGUUCCAACCGUAACCAACAACCCAGUCAUUGAAACUUUAAAUUUGUUUCCUGACCAAAACGAUUGCACUGAAGAUAUUGAUAGUUAUGACCCUGACGAUGAAAAAAUUGACAACUUACUAAGUGAAAUCGAAUCCGAAAUGUGUAAACACAAAGGAAGUUCGGUCAUUGCUACUACAUCUGCGAACAACAACAGUUUGUAUUCAGGACAACAAAGCUUAAACUUCCCUAAACUAACUCGUGAAACAAGAAAGCGCAAACCAUUUACUACUAAAUCCAAUUACACCUUCAUAGAUGUAAUAGAAAAGAAAUCAUCUAUUGGUGAUAAAGAGAAUGACAUAUACACUUCUCACGAAGAUAAUGGAUUUUCAGAUACUAUAAAGGCGCACAUUCAAAAAUACUUAACUAAAACCAAGAAUGUGGCAAAACAGACUGAUGGAAAACUAGAAAUAUUGUUUAACUCGGCUGGCAACAAUCAAAAUGUUUCAAUAAGUAAGCAACAAGAAUGUUUGCCGGAAGCACAAUUACCUCAUGAAAUACCCGCAAGCCCUACAUAUAACCAAUAUCCUAAAUACGAAAUUAAAGAAAUUUUGGGGACUAAUGAUUACGUCGGACGAUGCAAUGCCAUGGUGAACAUUCAAAGAAAUCAAAAUGAAGAAUUAAUAACUUGUAAAGAUACACAAAACGACAAUAAUGAAAGUAAUACCCGUAUGUUUAUUGCCGAUGAAGUUAUAGAAAAGUGUAAUAAAAAUUCUACAUUACCAGUAAACAAUUCUAAAACAGUGAUUGGUUACGAGUCUGCAUCAGGUACUGCUACUGGAGAUAUGAUGCUAGUGCCAAUGCCAUUAGUACAUGAUAACAGUGAGAUGGAUUUCUCGGUAUUAAGUAGAGGCAAUCCUUCUAAAGCCGAAAAUAGUACUGAUGACACUGCUGUCAGUCUAUUAAACCGAAAUAUAUCCAAUUUACAUUUAACUAUUCCAAAUAUAAUUGAUUGUGAUGAAAACAAUAGUUUGAAACAGCUGGUAUGUAUUCCAAAAGAACCUUCAAAUGAGGACGAACAUAGUGAAAUGCAAGAAGACUAUUCCAGCGAUAUGAGUCUAAUGCCUAUAGACAACAAACUGUUAACUUGUAUUCCUCUAAAAAAUAAAGACGAUUGUAAAACCUUAACGAUCAAGAACUUUAAUGAUUGCUCUGAUGACAGACAUAAUAAAUUCAUGCAAAAUAAUAUGUUAACAAUCGAUGCUGCCGGCCGUAAGAUUCACAAUCAAGUACUAACUAAUAGAAACAGUUGUCUAGAUACAGAAGGGUUAAAGUUUCCAUUUUGGAAUAUAAUCGAUGAAAGUCUAAAUGAUACCACACAAAUAAAUGAAUUUGUACCUAAACCUGAGUAUGUAAAGAAAUAUCGUUAUUCCACAACCAAAGUAGAUACCUGUACUAAGCAAACUUCAGAAUAUAAUGUAAAAGUUAUAAAAAGAGUACGAUUGGAUAUGGAUGUUACAGAGAUUGUAACCCGAAAACGGAAUCAGAGUUUUGAUAAGAAUAUAAAUUCUGAUUCUGAAGAAAUACAUAAAAACAGUAACAGUAUGCAAUUUAUAGACCCAGUGGUACAUGAUGAAACCAAUAUUCAGAAUAAAUCUAGAAAUUUGGAAAAACGUGAAACGCAAAACGCAUGCAACUACAGCGGAUCUAAACAUGGUUUUCUGCUGGCGAGAAAAGAUCAAAUUAAAGUCGAAAACAAUCAGAUUAUAGCUGACGACCACGAUGGUUGCUGCAAUUUGCCUGAAAUACCAUUUACAAUGGGAAAUCAGGAAGUGAUAAAUUUAGAUGAAAGACAAAACACUAAAACCUUAUUUAGUGAACCAGUAAGAAUAUCGGAUAACAAUGAAGAGAAAGACACAAUGGAUGCUCCUCUAAUACAUGAAAAUAGUGUUGACAAUAUUUUACAAAAAUAUGGCAGGAUACUUGGGAAAAGUGUCACUAAGAAUGUAGCUUCGGACUGUUCGGGACAAAACAAAAUGAUUAAGGACGAUAGAUCUCCAAGACCAAGAUGUACAAGACCGUUUAAGAUAAGUGAUAUUCAUAAAUUGCAUGCGACAAUACCAAGUAACAUACUAAAAGAUCAUAACCAGGUAUUCAACGAAAAUUCAAAACAAUUUACAGUCGAAUACAAUAACCCUGAAGUGCACGAAUUGCAACUAACGAACCUAAAUCAACCUUUACAAAAUGCUGAAAUGAGUCAAGUAGAAAACACAGAUUCCAAAGACGAGUAUAUUUCAGAUGCAGAUAUUGACCCAUUCAUACUUCCGGAAGUAGAUUUAGAACCUUCAGAAGAUUUCAAAAUAGAUCAAUCGAUGUUUGAUCCAAGGACACUUUUAAAAUGUGUAGUGAAUGAUAACUAUUGUGAUGAAUUAAUUCCCCCACCUCCAGAAUUUUGCAGUGAAGAUACUGUUUCGCCUGGAUGUAGUGCUAGUAAUUUAAUUUUGGCAGAUAGCUACGAGUCUGUCAAGGAACCUAUGUUUGGCUUAAAUGAAACAGUAAAAAAUAUAGAUAACCCUGAUACCGUCAACUUUACUCCAAGAAUUAUAGAAACGUGGAAUUUGUCCAGAGAUGACAAUUGGGAGUCUUAAGAUUCAUUAAAUUUAAGUCCAGUUAAAUCCUCAUCUGUGACGCGUAGAAAUACUCUGAACAUAAACUCAAGAAGCAGCGUAAUAAGUAGGCGUGACAGGCUAGGCAAAUUUAUGUUUAACAAUAAAGUCAAACUGAAAAGAAAAUAGAUCAGAUUCUGAUGGUACACAAUUGUUUUUAGUUUUUUUUUUUUUAAUAAAACCAUAGAAUAAUGAAAAUGUUCUAUUUUUGUAGCCUAUUUAAUGAGUACGUCAACACGACAAGAAAUGCUUCUAUUCAAUGCAAUGAAAAAAGUACGCUUCAAGAAAUAUGAUUGCUUUUUUUCUUUGGUGGUAAUGUUAUAUUUAACCUAAUGCAACUACGACUUUGCUGCGUUUAACAUAAAAUACUCGAAAAGCACUCCUUAUUACAACAGCUACCGGCCAAUUAAACCGUACCCGUCUAAAUCGGUCCAGGCAUUUCGAAGAUUAGCUGGAACCAAAAGACCGACAGAUAUUUUUUUUUCUUAAUAUAUGUACUGUAUACAAUACAUAUUUAUAGGCAUGUAGUAAAAAUGAUUAUUUUAAAUACUAGCUAUCCUGGUGAACCGCCUAAGUGAUGAUAACAAAAUGCAGUCAAAAAUACACAAAUUUGGUUUAUCUUCCAACUUGUUCAUAUUUUACGACCUUUUAACCUUAACUGAACUUCAACAAAUAUUUCUAGACUAAUAUAGCUAAAUUGGUUCUAUUGGUCUUUGAAUAAAUUAUUUCUAGUUGUAUGUAUUUUUAAUGCCACAUCAUAAAAAUAAAAAAUUUCGUCCAAAAAAUAUUUUUUUUUGUGUGAGCAAUCCUUAACACUUGGGGUAUGUGAAAAAUAGAUGUUUGUCGAUUCUCAGACCCACUGAAGACGCAUAUAAAAUUUGGUAAAAAUCGGUUAAGCCGUUUCGGAGGAG